AUUGUUGUGCGCGCGCUCCUGAGAGGCCCACAAGCGGGUCGUGUGCAGAGUGCCGGGGAUGGCGGGUAGAGUGUCGUGUGCAGAGGCCGCUCGACCAAUCAGCGCCGAGAAUCGCGAGUAGACCGUGUUGAAGCCUAAACGUGCAUCAGAAGAUUUCUCAACAAGCAGGGUGGAGGAGGAGUGAGUGAGGUGGAGAGAGUUGUGUGGAGUCUGUUUCACCUGAGUCAUCAUGUCAGGUUCCAAGUGUUACAAGUGUAACCGCAUGGGCCACUUCGCCAGAGAGUGCCCCAUGGGAAGCGGUCCAGGCCUCAGAGGCCGUGGGGGUCCAAGGGACCUCUACUCCUUAGAAAAAUGCUACAAGUGCAACCGUCCAGGUCACUUUGCUCGUGACUGCAAGGAGGAGGAGGAUCACUGCUACCGCUGUGAUGGUGUGGGCCACAUUGCCAAGGACUGUGAACAUUCUUCAGAUGAACCCUCAUGCUACAACUGCUCCAAGAUGGGCCACAUCGCCAGGGAUUGUCCAGAGCCGGAGCGCACCUGUUACGUGUGCAACAAGAGCGGGCACAUCUCCCGACAGUGCACUGAAAAUAAGAGCGAGAACCGCAAUGCAAAGUGCUAUGUCUGUGGCAAAAUUGGUCACAUCUCCAGGGAGUGCCCCAUUGGAGGAGAGCAAGAGAAUGAGAAGCGAUGUUAUGUGUGCGGCGCUUCUGGGCAUAUCUCUAGGGAGUGCCCUCAGGGUGAAUCUGAUACUACAUGCUACAGGUGCAACCUGAAGGGCCACAUGGCUCGCAACUGCCCCAAAUGUUACAUGUGUGGUGGCUUUGGGCACAUUUCCCGCCAGUGUGAGAUGGUGGCUUAGACUGGCUGACCCACUCCUGGUCUCUCCCUCCGAAGCUACUGCUGCCCACCACCAUGUUCCCCUGGACACAAGCCACUGCACAAGCUGUGGUGCUGGGGCUAAACGGUUACAGCCUGGCUUUUCACCCUCACGGUGCUCUCCAGGUGGAAACUAGGUCACAUCGUGUGUACGGCGGGAAGCAAGUUCAAAGGUGUGUGAUGAACAGUCAAGUAGACGUGUUUCACAUGCAUUGAUUAAUAGGUAGAUCCCAGUGUGGAGGAGAAAGGAGGUCAGUGAUGAAGUUUUCCAGAAGAGCUAGAAAACAAACGACAAAGGAGUAGAAACAUUCAUAACAGGAUGUAUUAUAUUUUAGCUCUCCCAAACGUUCAUCACUUGAUGCCAUUGGUGAAGUAGAGGUGGAUAGGAAUACCAGUUCCUAGUACCUGAUGUCUGAAUUACUUAAUCAUUAUCAUUGCCUCUUUGUCUUCAGUUUAUGGCAUAGCUUUCAUUGUGGAGUUUAAAUAAAAAAUUAAAAAGGAAGUUGUGAUUAUUGAGGAGCUGGAGUGAUGAGGAGGAGAGGGUCACAGGAGAUGGAGCUCACCAGAGCUCCUGUAUUGGUUAUUCUCAGCUUGCAAGACAAGUAUAGCCAGUAGAACCUUGCAUGUUGAGAAAUAAUUAAGAAUGCAAUUUUGCAAGGGCUUCUUUGUUAUUCCAUAUAGUCUCAUCCACCUACAUUGUUUGUUCAUAGUUGUUCUUUGCCAAGUGAAAAUAGUGAUUGAAGACAAUCAGACCAAGAUAAAAUUUUCAAAAUGAUGUCCAUGAUCUAGUAUGUGCAACAGGAGAGAGAGAGUUUUUGAGGCUCUACUUCAUUUCCAUUGUCAGGAAUAUUCAUAUCUGAAAGUAACAUUUUCUGGUGUUCAAAAGUUGCUGUAAAGAGCUUUCAGGUUAUAACAGGAUGACCAUUCUUAGUUGAUGUGGCAGACUUGGUGUUAGGGGUAUAGGUGUAAUAAUCUUUGCUGUACAUGAAUUUACAGUUUCUUUCAUUUUGUGCUGAUGACCUUACCAGAAUUUUGAACUUAAAAUAGGAGACCUUCAUCGCGGAAUUUACAUCCAUCAUGUGUCGUAAAUAUCUUCACUUGUGUUCUAGUCCUCACAAGUCUACAUACCAAUCAUGUCAGGUGAAUUGACUGUCUGGAAAACUUUAAGCUUUGAUGUAGUCAUUUAAUCUUUCUAUGGGACUCUUUUACUAAAUGUAAUGCAUUUCAUUUCUAGUAAAAUAUUUCAUGAAUCUACAUUUCAUAGGUUUGUAGUGGUGGUCUUAUUUUUAACUCGGCAUCAAAUUAAUAGGUGCUAGAGCCAGGAGAUCCAUUUGAAUGAAGUGGUCAUCAGCACAAAGGUGUUGCAAAGAGGAGGAGAUUUGUGAACACAUUUAUGAAAUUUGUCGUGGGAGUUUUAAAAUGUACAUAAAUCUAACAAAAACAAAAGGCUGUUUAAAGAAGAUGACAAUAUUAAUGAUGACGACGGACUGUUCCGGUAUUGGUUGGCACAGUCUGAGUAGCAGGAGUUUGGAGAGAUGUGAAGCCAGAGGCUAUAGUGUGUGUGACUUUCACACCUCUAAUUUAUGGUGUUGUGGUUAGCAGGUGAAGAUUAAUACGAAUUUAUUGACAGUGAUACUGUAGGAGGGUGCAUAGAAGGUGUAAAUCCUGGCCUACUUGCUCAUCCCUUAGUUAAGAUAUUUCAUGUUAAUGCGGAGGAGAAGGAUGGAGACGACAGUAUUUGUCGGGUGGGGGGUAGAGUGGACGAGAAUUUCAUAUACGAAUCUUAUUUCCUGUAGGAGGCACAGACAGCUCUUGCCUUCAUUUAAAAUGGCUGAGUAAGAAUUCAAUGGAAUGUUUUAUUUAAUGACAAAAGUUUUCAAUCGUUUUUUUAUUUUUCUAUACAGUUGUGUAUUAGUACACAAAGAUGAAGGCAUAAAGGUACUAAAUGAAUUAUACAAAACUUUCCAAAGAGCAAAACCAUACAACAUAUAUUUUCUUAAACAGAUUUAUGUUAACAUUUAUGUAAGAAUAAAUUAAUUUUUCAUGACUAGCUGUGCCUCACACAGGGGGUUCUCCCAGAGCCAUUCUGCCCUUCCUCCUGUGCCUGGGGAACCACUUACCUCAUGGGUUCCUUAAAAGGUCGUUAUUAUGAUCUUUCACCAGUACCUGCACAGUCGCCCCUUUGUUGUUGUGAAGGAGAUGCUGAUAUGUAGACUGACAAGUUAGCGUGAGUCUUGGGUACAAAAUAAAGAAAAGGCUCGUUUUGCGAUCAACUUCAAAAGACAAGUAGCCUAAUCAAUAGAAUAGAACAAUUUUAGAAAUUAUAUAGGAAGUAAAACAGUGUAUUCCUUUAUGGCGGCUGCUUUUCUUUUAGAAACAUUUUGAAAAUUUGCCUUUUUAUUAUUUGUACAGUACUUAGGACACAUACUGGCUUGUCAUUGUACAUCAUAUAUAUAAAAAAUGAAAGUGAGACUAUUUUGUUACUGAAUAUUAGCGUUACUAAGGCGGAAGAAGAAGAGCGGUUGAUUACAAAGUCUUCUAGUCCUUAUAAUUCCCACUGAAGUUAUUGUUGUUCACAUUUUUUACUCUGAAUUUAUGUGUGCAUUGAAGAACUACAUGUCCUCAGUGUGCCUGGUAUUCAACCUCAAUAAACAGGUUCACAUUG